CUUGGGCGGCUCCUCGGCGGGUGGCGGCGGUGGCCCUAGCGGUUCUUCCUGGCCCUGUUGAUGUCGGGGCCGGGCCCCGGGAGGAUGGCGCCCUAGAGCCAGGCCUCGCUGGGGUAGGGGCGGGAGGGGACGGGGCGGGGGCCGGCCAUGUCGGAGGUGACCCGGAGUCUGCUGCAGCGCUGGGGCGCCAGUUUCAGGAGGGGCGCCGACUUCGACUCCUGGGGCCAGCUGGUGGAAGCGAUAGACGAGUAUCAGAUAUUAGCAAGACAUCUACAGAAAGAGGCCCAAGCUCAACACAAUAAUUCUGAAUUCACAGAAGAACAAAAGAAAACCAUAGGCAAAAUUGCAACAUGCUUGGAAUUACGAAGUGCAGCUUUACAGUCCACACAGUCUCAAGAAGAAUUUAAACUGGAGGAUCUGAAGAAGCUAGAGCCAAUCCUAAAGAACAUUCUCACAUAUAAUAAAGAAUUCCCAUUUGACGUUCAGCCUGUCCCCUUAAGAAGAAUUUUAGCACCUGGUGAAGAAGAGAAUUUGGAGUUUGAAGAAGAUGAAGAGGAGGGUGGUGCUGGAGCAGGGUCUCCUGACUCCUUUCCUGCUAGAGUUCCCGGUACUUUACUGCCAAGGUUGCCAUCAGAACCAGGAAUGACGUUGCUCACCAUCAGAAUUGAGAAAAUCGGUCUGAAAGAUGCGGGGCAGUGCAUCGAUCCCUAUAUCACAGUUAGUGUAAAGGACCUGAACGGCAUAGAUUUAACUCCUGUGCAAGACACUCCUGUGGCUUCAAGAAAAGAAGAUACAUACGUUCAUUUUAACGUAGACAUUGAGCUCCAGAAGCAUGUUGAAAAAUUAACCAAAGGGGCAGCCAUCUUCUUUGAGUUCAAACACUACAAGCCUAAAAAGAGGUUCACCAGUACCAAGUGCUUCGCUUUCAUGGAGAUGGAUGAGAUUAAACCAGGGCCCAUCGUGAUAGAACUAUACAAGAAACCCACUGACUUUAAAAGAAAGAAAUUGCAAUUAUUGACCAAGAAACCACUUUAUCUUCAUCUACAUCAAACGUUGCACAAGGAGUGUCCCUGACCUGGGUGACCUGGGACCUCUGUGACUUGCCCGCACACUAGCCACCGUCACAGCCUCGUGCAGCGCGUCCACCCUCUGCAGGCAGGAAGCGAGCCGUGCCUGUGGCAGCAGGCCAGGCGCGCCCACUGUGGAGCCGUGGUGCGGACCUCCACUCCUGCACGUCACCGACGUGGAAGACUCCUUUGGAUGCAGGCUCAUUGUAGGUCUGGGACACGUUUUUACUUUUCUACCGGUUGUGCAGUUGACCGUCUCUUUUCCGACUGACCACUGCCCCCGCCCUGUCCCCCGGAACGACACCGCGCGGGCGGGGCGUGCCCGUCCUCAGACUUGCCACAGCAAUAAGAAUGUACGCGAGUUCACGCGUGGGCUCGCCCCUGCUCCUCUGCGCCCUUCGGUUUCGGGGUGAGCGUCGGACUGCGGGCCGAUGCGAGGUGGUGGGCGACGGCUCUGGGGCUGUGUGGCCCGGGUGUGCUGCCCCAGAGGGAACGUUCUGGGCGCUCCUCGGGUGUGGCCCCGCUCCACCCCGACUUCACCCCUCUCCUGCUUCGAGUGUGCCUUGGCCAGACCGCGCCCUCAGGGCGAGUCCCCAGGGUGCAGCGGUGACUUCCCGGGUGAUCGGAUCGCGUGUCCGGAAGCAAGCGUGCUUGCAGGCCUGUGGACUCGCUGGACUUCCGCGUCACGCUGGCGUUCUGUCCGCUCGUGGCUGUCGGGUCGGCGUGGAGCCGCCUCAGAAGGAUGGCACUUCUGUAGGUGGGUCGUGUCUUUGGAACCACGUCACCUAAACACGGUUUGAGUCGGACGCGAAGGCGACCCCGCAGGAGCAACUGCUGUUUUUCUGACAACUGAUUGUGACCCUGAAAACCUGCAUACCUCUUCUGCGAGCGAUGGGUAUGCAGAAUGGGGAGGCGCUCUUAUUUUAUUUUUUUUACGUAGGUAGGUGGGACUGCCAUGUAUUUCCUAUUUAGAUAUAUCAACAUGCAUCCCUAUGGAAAUGUGCAGGUCAUUCCCUUAUUAUGAUUUGACUAUUUACAUUACUUUUGACUUAAUGGGGCAUAAGUGAAACCUUCACAGGAGCAAGAGGCGGCUCUUUGAUACACAGAACAGUGAGGCCGUUGGGGGUCGGAUGUGGAGCCCACGUGUUUCACGGUCACUACUCGCAGUGACCAGUGCUGGCACGAGGGGGACGCGGUGCCAGUAUCGGCCUGGCUCUGAAGUGGUGUGACAGCCCGUCACACUGUUCGGUGUGUGUGCUUUUUAACUAAGUGACCGCAGUUCAGUUGUUCCAGCCCUGCACUUCAGGAGGUCUGGCCUUCCCUUCGAGCUGUCAAUGCUAGGUCAGGUCAGUUCCCCUAAGAUGGGUGUCGAAACCUUCGUGAGGCUGAAAGGGUUCUCCGUGGGUUCUGUCUCGGGUAGGUCCGCUGCAGAGCGACUGGCCCACGAUGGCUGGAGGGGGCGAGGAAUUGCCUUAAGCCGCUGCUGUUCGCUCCGCUUGGACUGAGUUGUUGGCCGCCCAGACUGGAAGCUCCUCACGGUGCCAGAGCCGCGUUCUCUGCGCGUCACGUGGAUCCCCCACGGUGCUCGGCAGCACUCCGUACCCUGUGGAGUACUCACUACCUUUUGUCUGACGUUGCUGACGGGACCCGAAAAGUUUGAUUCCUCAGAAAACCCACUAUUAAAAUGUAGCAAAACGGAUAGACUGUUCUCUUUUCUCAUAGACUGUAAGACACGUGUAUCGGAGUGAUGAUCUAUCUGAGGCACCUGCCGCUGCUCACGUAGGUGUGGUUCACACGAGCACCCACGCCUUUGCCCAGUGUUGCAGCCGCUGGAGCCGGACGACACCGUGUGAGCGGCUCGGCUCUGGCUCACACCUGAGCCAGACGGUGAGCGGGCGGCGUCCUGACGCAGGAGGCAGACUCCCGGCCCCGCUCUGGGUGUCAGCGGGCGGGCUGCCUGGGGCUGCCAGAAGGGAUGCCCUCCGAGGGCUGAGCGGCGGCUGUCCUGGCAGGUGCAACAGGUGCAGACCUGUUCAGUGUAGUGACAUGGAUGCUCGAGUCUGCAGCUUAAUGCUUUUUCAGUGGUUUAGGACACAGAAUAAAUACCCGAAAAAACUUAAGGGGCAAAAAAAAAGACUCCAAGCUUGGAUUGAUUUCAAGAUAAGAUUCUACUUUUCCUACUUGAAUCAUCUUCCUAGCUGGCAUAAUCUAUAUUUAAUACUAUUUAAAAUUAAAAAUAUUAACUUAGUCAUUUUGUGUCCUAAAGAGACUGAAAUAUUUGAAAGCUGUAUUUGUGACUUAACCUUAUUUUACGUGGCUAAAAAUAACUUGCUAUUAACUAGGGAGUUUUCCUGUUAAAUUUCUUCUAUUCUUGAUAAUGGGAGAACCUAUCAAUGGAAUUCUUUUGCAAAGAUACACUACUUCUGAAUUUUGAGGGGUUUUUUUCAAAGGUCCUUAUCUUUCUAAAGUGGUACCUGUAUGAGCGGAAGAUGUUGUUUCACAGCGGAUCUUUUGCCUUUUUCAGUAGGGUGUUCUCAGUGGAUCAGCUCCUGCGAGUGGCGGGCCCUAGCGGGCCCCGGCGGAGGUCAUGUUACAGCGCGGAGCUCAGAGUGGGGGAGUACAGUCCAGCAGUAAACAAGGAUAUCAGUUUUUUAUCAUUUUGAUUUAAUCUAAACCUUAAACUUCUUAAAACGUGCUAUUAAGUUACUAUAAUUUAUUUUAAGUGCCUCGAAUUAGUUUAGAAACAUUGUUGAAAAGACAUGGUAUAGCAACAGUACAAUAAGACUUUUAAGUACGGUGCAAUCCCAGAUUCUUACAUGUACUGAUUUUUAAAUACAUGCACCAACAUUCGAAUAUGAACAGAGUAGAACCCGUCAACAAAAAAGAACGGAGUUUAGUCCAUGGCUGCUGACCUAGGGCAUGUUACAAGCCUUAAAAUCCUGUCUUUCUCAUAAUAUUCUAUUCUUCUGAUCAUUUCUGCCAUAUUCAUUGAAAAUCA